AUGAGAUCCCAUUUGACAAUUGCUACCGUAUCAUUGCUCAUCUCAGUCGUCAUUUGCACUGAUAAUCGUGCUGCCAUGGCAACUAAAUGUGUUAACACUUUGGGUAUCACAUUUUACACAGCCGCUCAGCUCAACACCAUUUUUGCAUGCGCUGACCCACAGGUUUAUGCCACGCCCACGAACACAACGGCAAUGAUUUCAGUUGCCAAGGACUGUAUCAUCAACAACUCGGGAUCCAAAGCUAUCGCUGCUCUAUCUUUAUACGCUAAUAUCAACAGUUGUCUCAGCCCAGAUGAUAUUCUUACCUUGGCCACAGAAUGGGCAACCCCGCUAACAAAACUAACAAAGACUUUGACGAAUAAGUGCCUCAAAAAAAUCAAGACUUGCAAGGCAGCUGGUACCGCUCAAGAAGCGUGCCUUCAGAAGUUGUACACCCUGGCGAAGGCCGCCAUCACCAAAGUUUAUGUGGAUAAGAUUUGCAAGAAAUUCGUGAAGCAGAACCUAUCAAAAGCCCAAUACGCUUGUGGUGUCAAGUAUGCUCCUCAAGUCAUGGACAUCACCGGAUACAAGUGUGCAACACUCACAAUUUCUUGA